AUGAAGUUGUUGAAAAGUAAACUGUUGCUGCUCCAGACCCGAACAUUUUGUCAAAGCUCACAUUUGCAUUAUUACAGCUCUAAUAACAGUAUACUGAGGAAUGUAACGAACAAUUUGAACCAUAACUCUUCUCAAAAGGUGGACCUCCCUUCAGGGGGACGGGGUGGGUCUGAGUAUAAAAACAGUCGGUCUAAUGACAGCAAUCCAACACAUUCCUACAACAAAGUUAGAAGGCCGAAAAAGAUAGUCAUUAACUGGAGAACGGGAACGGAAAGAGCUCAAAUGGCGGCGAACAGCAUAAUAGCGGAGAUAUUCAAAUUGAAUGAAAAAGGAGAUAUAAUGUUUAUUGCACCAGGUUCCAACAAAUUGGAAUCCUCGAAUGUAAGAAAAUUUGCCAGAGGAUUGGAUUUGGGACAAUAUGGGUUGAGUAUUGUCAAUGUCGAAAAAGUAUCAGGUUUCAAUGGUAAUAGAAGGCAAGUGCCAUUGAUAAAGAUUGUGGAUAGUGAAGUAGCAUUAAGAAAAUACGCCGAUGAACUUGGUAAGAGGAAAAGGGAUGAACUUGUGGAACUAGGCGUCCUUUCCAAAAACAAUACUGGGCCGAAACGGGAUACAAGUCUGAAACAUAUACGUGUCUCCUGGCGUAUUAAUUUAGACGACCUAGAACACCAGAAGGCCUAUGAAAUUAAUAAACUUCUGAAGAGAGGCCACAAAGUGAAUUUAUAUCUAGAUGAGGGGCAGCAGCCUUCGAAGGACUGGAUAUUAAACUUUCAGAACACACUAACAGAUAGCGGAUCUAAAGAUUCGAUUUCUAAAAGGGACAAGGCGCAAAGAAAGAUUGUUUUAGAGAGAAUUCAAGAGCUGGUAGAUGAGUGGUCGACCACCCCUGCCAUCGAAGGCACUAUUUAUGGUAAGAUGAUAAUGAAAUUGGCACCAAGGAUAAUUCCUAAUGAUAAUAAAGAUAAAAUGAAUUUGAAAAAUGAAAGAAAGAAGGAAAGACAGCUUAAAAUUCAGGAACGAAUUGAAAGGAAAAAAUUAAGGGAAAGCACUCCCAUGUAA